AUGGAGGAGCGGAAGGAGGAGGGCGAGGCCGAGGUCCAGGAGCACGGGCCAAAGCACGGGUUCUCCAAGUGUCAGCGGCAGUGCCUGGCCUAGGCCGAGCAGGACAAGCAGCUCCCCGAGCUGCAGGAGGAGGCGGCGGUCGCCGCGCAGCCGGAGCAUGAGCAGCAGAAGCUGUGGCACCUCUUCCAGAACUCGGCCACCGCCGUGGCCCAGCUCUACAAAGACCGAGUGUGCCAGCAGCCAGGACUUUAUCUCUGGGUCCCCUUCCAAAACGCAGCCGCCGCGGUGACCGAUCUCUACAAAGAAAGCGUGGAUACCCAUCAGCGAAGUUUUGAUAUUGGAAUUCAGAUUGGCUAUCAGCGACGCAAUAAGGAUGUGUUGGGUUGGGUUAAAAAACCUAUUCGUAGAGAAGAUUUGAUCAGCUUCCUGUGUGGAAAGGUUCCUCCACCACGAAACUCCAGAGCUCCCCCAAGACUGACUGAGGUGUCCCCUAACCGAGCUACUUCAACAGAAACUAGCUCAUCCCUAGAGACUGAUUUGCAACCCUUCCGGGAAGCCAUAGCUCUGCAUGGUCUUAGUGGUGCAACGGCUAGUAUAAGCGUGCGUUCGAGUACCCCAGGCUCUCCUACACAUGUGAGCAGUGGAUCGAAUGCUAGUCAAGGGAGAAAUGGACUCCAUGAUGUCGAUUUGAACACUUUCAUAUCAGAAGAAAUGGCACUCCACCUGGGCAAUGGUGGAACUAGAAAGCGUACCUCAGCCCAGUGUGGUGACGUCAUUACAGACUCAGCAACCCAUAAACGCAACAGAAUGAUCUAAACUGUAAACAUUUUCACGCCCACCAUGCUGCUUGAAAGCCACUUGACCCUCAACAUAUUCUAUUAUUGCAAAGGAAACAUGAGGCCAUCUUCCCUUGUUCACUGUUUAAGACAAGUGAAUUCUAUAGUGGUUGCCAUAAAAGGAAGUUGUAGGUAUUUCCAGUAGAUGCCUCUUGUAACCAUGGCUUUCCUCAAACUGUAAUCCUAGCAGAGGAUAUCAGAUGUUGUGUAGUUGUUAGCAAGAUCAUCAUAGGCAAACAUACAUCCUUUCCAAGGCUAAAAGUGACCUUAACUGUAUUUAUUC